AUGUUCAAAUCGCUGGUCAACGGCGCCAAGAAGCUUGCCAUCGGCGAACGCGGCGGCGCGCCGAUCGGGCAGCUCUUCCCCAAGGUCGACCCCAAGGUCGACGGCGAGGACUGCCUGAGGGACUGCGACAACUGCCCCACGCACUACCCCAAGAACUUCAAGAUCGAAGAGAGCGACGACCUGUACGGAGGGGUCAAGGGGUGGAGCACCCACAUCCUGGUCGCCACGGGCAAGGCGGACUGGACGCACAACGUGGCCAACGAGAAAGGCAGCGUGAUGCAGGCCAUCGAAAAGGCCGACAAGCCAAGUAAUGGGCGGCUCAUGCUCUCCGCCUCCAACAUCCCGACCCCAAACCACAGCAGCGACUACUCGGAGCCAACGACGCUGCUCCUGCUGCCCGCCUUCGUCGUCAUCGAGAACGUCACACCCGCCUCCGUCCCCGCGCUGAUAUCCGGCUAUGUCGACCGCGCGCCCACCAACACCUCGGCCCUCCAGCCCGUCUCUGCUGCCAUACCAGACUCCCUCCCGCCGCCAGACCUCCCGGAGCCGGCGGCCAAGCUCCAUGGGCUGAGGGCCCGGCCGAGCCCACAUUCCGUCCUGAUAUUGCUCUGCUCACAGAAGACCCGUGACGCGCGCUGCGGCCAGUCGGCACCGCUCAUCAGCAAGGAGCUGCAGCGGCAUCUGCGGCCACUCGGCCUGUACCGUGACAUGGACGACGAGAGGCCCGGCGGCGUGGGCAUCUACUUCAUAUCGCACGUCGGAGGGCACAAGUACAGCGCAAACGUCAUGAUCUACCGUCGCCCAGACCCCUUCGGGCUGGACGGGCUGGAGAGGGCGAACCUCAAGGAGGGUGAGAGCUUGACACCGCGCAUCAGGAAGGGCCCGGCGGAUGGCCAGGAGGGGGACGCCGGUGCCGGGCAGUGCAUCUGGCUGGGCAGGGUGAAGCCGGAGGACUGCGAGGGCAUUGUCAAGUACACAGUGCUUCAGGGCAAGGUCGUCAAGCCCGAGCAACAGCUCAGGGGCGGCUUCGACCGGUCAAGAGGUCUGAUGAGUUGGUGA